AUGAAGAUCGCCACGGUGUUGAUAUUUGGUGUGGGUGUGCUCGCAUCCGUGGCAAUGGGCCAGGUUGGCGUUAAAGCGGACGAUCUGACGUCAUCCAAGAAGGAGAAGGAUUGCGGUGAUCUCAUUAAAAAGCACGACGACUGUGACUAUGACUAUGGCAAGCGCCAUGAUGGCUACGGCUACGCUAUGACAGAGGUUGCUGUGAGUACGGAAAACUAUUACAACAAGCACGAGGGUUAUGACCACGACGACUAUGACUGCAAGGGUUAUGGCAGUGGCUACAGCUACGGCUACAAGAGCUACGGCGAUGACUGCAUCGUCCUACGGAAGGAUUCUGCGACCGAGAACACAGAUGCUGCCACCACCGAGAAUGGAAGCAAGACGAUGUCGAAGACCAAGUCGUCGAAGGAGGCCAAGUCGAGCGCCACCAACAAGCCGAAGCACAAGUGA